AUGGAAGAACAGACAAUUUUACCUUUUCAUGCGACGACGAACAGUAAUACAAAAGCAAUUGUCGUCGAACAAGAACCAACUCGACAACAAAAAAAAUUAAGUUUUUCAAUUGAUAGUAUUCUGGACAAACAGCAACAACAACAACAACAACCAUUAUUCAAUUGCAGUAAUUUUAAAAUCGAACGUCAUCAUCAUUCAACUCCAAUUGGUAAUCAUCAUCGAUCAUCAAAUGAAAACGGGAGUAAUAAUGAUUCAGGUAUUCAUUUAUUACUUAUCGAUGGAAAUAAUAACAAACGAAAACAUAGUGGUUCUUUAUCAUCUGAUGAACAUUCAUCAUCACCACCAAUUGGAAAUAAACAUAUUCGUUUAACUAAUAUUGAUGAUGAUGAUGGUGGUAGUAGUGAUUGUUCAGGUAUAUCUACAAGUGAUGUUGAUGAUGAUGAUAUUGGAUCUGGUUCAGAAGAUAAUGAUUUAAAUCAUCAACAUAAUAAUAGUCAUAAAUAUUCACAUACAAAUGGAGGAUUAAAUCAAUAUAAUCAUCAUGGUAAUGGUAGUCAUGAAUUACAUGAAAUAAUGCAUAGAAAAAAGAAGACACGUACUGUUUUUUCACGUACACAAAUAUUUCAAUUAGAAACAACAUUUGAUCGAAAACGAUAUUUAUCAAGUGCAGAUCGAGCAAAUUUAGCACAAGGUCUUCGACUUACUGAACAACAAGUUAAAAUUUGGUUUCAAAAUCGACGAAAUAAACUUAAACGACAAAUAGUUGAAGCAAGUCAAUCCAUUAGUUCUGUUGUUGCUUGUGCAGCUUCUUUACAAGCUCCGCCCCCACCACCACCGGCAGUACCUUCAUCAUCAUCAUCAAAUAAUACAAUGAUUAAACGUCCAUUACCAAUGUCCAUGCCAUUACCCAGUGAUUUUUCUUCUGCAUCAUCGUCAUCGACGUCUCCAUUAUCUAUGUCAUCAAAAAAUCCAUCACAUCGUUUCGAUGCAGCAUCAUUUCUUCAUUCGAACUUUUAUGAAUUAGCUGCUGUGGCUGCUGCACAUGCUGCAGCACAAGCAGUUGCUUUUCAUAAUAAUAACAACAAUAAUAAUACAAACAAUAAAUCAACAUUGGCACAAACUAGUGUCAAUGAAAAUUCUGAACAAAAUCCAUUAUCUACAUCAUUAUCAUCAACAGCAGCAAAUUCUUAUUCAACAUUUCAAGAUUUUGCCACUUCUCUUGCUACUCAAGCAGCAGUUUGA